GUACAGAAGAGUAUCACAGAAGUUGGUCGAGAGCUGACAGAACUGGUGAAAUGGCUUGUAGACAUUGUCAGGAGCCUUCAGGAUCAGAGACCCAUCUCAGAACCUGGACCAGAUGAUGAACUGAGCAUCCUGGGCACGGCUUUUUCUUCUGAGGUGAAUCUUUCCUUGGCUUCUCCAAAGCUAGUGACUUCCAAGACACCAGGAGGAAAAAUGAGAGAUGUUCUCCAUGACCUAGAAGAAAUUAAAAAAAAAUUACAAGAAAACUUCAUGUGGAAAGAGUCUUCUGAUAAACAAACACAGGCGGAACUCCCAGAAGCUCCAUCUUCCUCCUCAUGCCCAUUGCCUGACCACAGCCACCUUGCAUCUAGGAGGGCCUCUCCAUUUACUCAAUGGGCCAUCAAUCCCACCUUUGACUUGAGGAGCCUCUCCAGAAGCCUGGAGGUGUCCGAGGAUUGCCACACAGUGACUGUGUCUCACUGCCCACAGUUCUCUCCGAGUCGUGAGAGGUUUUUGAUCAGCCAGGUCUUAUGUUCUCAGGCCCUCUCUUCUGGGAAGCAGUACUGGGAAGUGGACACUAAGUACUGCAGCCACUGGGCAGUUGGGGUGGCUCCUUGGGGGAUGAGCCGUGACCAGAUCCUGGGAAGGACCAUGGACUCUUGCUGUAUAGAGUGGAAGGGAACUAGCCAGCUCUCUGCGUGGCACAUGGCCAAGGAAACUAUCCUCAGCUCAGACAGACCUCAGGUGGUGGGCAUCUGGCUGGAUCUUGAGGAGAAGAAGCUUGCUUUCUAUUCAGUGGCCAGUCAGGAGAAGCUUCUGUAUGAGUGUGCCAUCUCUGCCCCUUCCCCUCUGCACCCUGCCUUCUGGUUGUACGGCUUACAUCCUGGAAAUUCCCUGAUCAUUCAGCAAGUGAAGGUGUGAAGUUUUCUCAGUGGUUACAAGGUGGUUUCCUGGUCUCUCGCCUUGGCUUCAAGCAGGGUAGCAACUUGGCUUAAGAACACCACUUUUGAAGUUGAAGUUAAUCCUUUUGUGUGGUACAGGAUUAACCCAGCUGUCUCACUUGGGGUAUUUCAACCUUGCACAUUUCAAAGAAAGGCCUAGCCCCUGACUGGCUUCUGGGAGAUAACCUCGAAUCCCUUGGAAUAUCCUGCCUGGUAAGUGUCUUUGUUCACCUGGGGCCUCAGGCCCUGCAGUAUCAGCUUGACCUCAGCAGGGCCUGGAGACUAAGUCAGUCAUGUGGGCAUUGAGGUAUGCCUAGAUGACCAACCCCCAAUAAAGCCCUGGACACCAAGAUUUGGGUGAGCUUCCCUGGUUGACAGUACUCCAUACAUUGUCACACAUCACUGCUGGGAGAAAUAAGCAUUGUUCUCAAGACUCUGCCAGGAGAGGAUAAUUGGAAGUCCUGCCCUGUGUGCCCUUUUCCACUGCUGAUUUCAGUCUGUAUCCUUUCACUGUAAUAAACUCUAACUGUGAGUAUAACAGC